UCACUUUUUAUUUCAAAAAAAAAGAAAGCACAUCACUUUCAGUUAAGACAAACACAUAACUAUAUACUUUUAUGCUGAAAAAUACAAUCUUUAUUAAAAAAAAAAUGGCGAAUUUAAGUUGGUUGAUUUUGUUCUUGUUCGUUUCAUAUGUAAGUGGUUGUGAUCAGUGUGUUUUAUCAAAAGCAUCAGUAAUCACCAGAGCUUCUACUCUUUCUUCUGGAGCAUGUGGGUAUGGUUCCUUAGCUCUGAACUUCAAUGGAGGACACGUGGCAGCUGGUAUUCCUUCUCUUUACAAAGAUGGUGCUGGUUGUGGUGCUUGUUUUCAGAUAAGAUGCAAAAACAGUGGAAUGUGUAGUAAAGCAGGAACUAAAGUGAUAAUGACUGAUGUUAAUAAGAGUAACAACAGCUCUGACUUUGUGCUAAGCAGCCGGGCAUUAAGGGCCAUGGCUUUACAUGGCAAGGACCAACAAAUUCUUAAACUUGGAGUUGUUGAUGUUGAAUAUAAGAGGAUACCUUGUGAUUAUAAAGGUCAAAACUUGGCAAUUCGCGUGGAAGAAACUAGUAAAAACCCUGGCUAUUUGGCUAUCAAUAUUCUCUACCAAGGUGGUCAAACCGAGAUUGUUGCAAUUGAUAUUGCUCGGGUUGGUUCAACAAAUUGGUCAUUCAUGAAUAGGAAGUACGGAGCAAUUUGGGAAACAACCAAGUAUCCGGGCCCUGGUCCAUUACAGUUCAGAUUCGUCGUGACAUCGGGCUUCGAUGGCAAGAACGUUUGGGCUCAAAAUGUUUUACCUGCAAACUGGAAGGCAGGAGUCACAUAUGAUUCUAAAGUUCAAAUUGAUGACAUUGCAUUACAAGGUUGCACCCCUUGUGCUGAUAGCCACUGGAAUUAGUCUCUCUACUUAAUUAUUUCAUCAUCUGUAUAGGACUUUAAAUUUCUGAUUUUUUUUUUUUUUUGGCCUAUUAGCAAAGUAGAUUGAUUAUUUUUAAACAUAAGUUUGUUAUCAACUAAUAAAAUUACUCGGAAUUAUUUGUUUCUA